AUGCAUCAGAAAUCAUUUUACACGCACACAAUCCACAAUCAGGCGCGGCACGGUGGAGCAGCGACAUUUAUUUUUCUCUCCACACAGGUCAUUUUCUACGAGGACAAAAACUUCCAGGGCCGGCACCAUGAGUGCAGCACCGACUGUGCCGACCUGUCCCCUUACUUCAGCCGCUGUAACUCCAUCCGUGUGGAGAGUGACUGGUGGGUGGCGUACGAGAAACCCAACUACAUGGGGUACCAGUAUGUCCUGAACAGGGGGGAGUAUCCUGACUACCAGCGCUGGAUGGGAUUCAACGACAACAUCAGGUCCUGUCGCAGCUACCCACAUCAACGAGGUGGAAACUACAGGAUGAAGAUUUACGAGAGGCCUGACUUUGGAGGACAGACGAUGGAAUUCAUGGACGACUGUCCCUCCGUCUACGAUCGCUUCCGUAACCAUGACAUUCACUCCUGCCACGUGAUGGAUGGUCAUUGGAUCUUCUAUGAACAACCCAACUACAGAGGCCGACAGUACUUCAUGAGACCUGGGGAGUACAGGAAAUACAAUGACUGGGGCGGCUACAACUCCACCAUCGGGUCUUUCAGGCGCAUGAGGGACUUCUAAUCUGCUAUUGCAUGGCACAAAUUUAUCUUGUUAAAAUAUUUAUCAUCACAAUAAAACAUCUCUACU